GGCACCGCCCUAGUGUUAGCGUUGCAGUGGGUCGAGUGAGAGGAGGGAGGGUUUGGAACGGGCUCGGUAAGUCAGAUCUUUAACCGCUUGGUGCUGGCUGGCCGGCCGGUUGCUGCUUGCAGACUACGGGCUACUGUUGCUGAAAAACUGCAGUGGAUGUGAGCAAUGGUCUUGCAAUGGGCUUAAUGCAGGGCGAGGGCGUGACUCCUGCUAUCACAGCGGCGUGCACAGCACCAGAAGCGGGGAGUGGGGCGGACGAGCGCUGAGUAACAACGGCUUCGGCCCAGCUACACUGGAUACACCACUGUGCAAGGUAAGGUGAGGUGACGAGAGGAAUCGAGAUCGUGGGUGGGAAGCGCUGUGAAGAUAAUUCACGUGCCGAUAUGGAGUUGGAUCAGCCGUUUACAUUCGCCGCUCUGAGGAAGCUGGCGGCGGCGCCGAGUCACACGGACGUCACGCUGCCCCCCCAGGAGAGGGUGCGGGUCCUCACCAAGUUUGGCUGCAACAUCGAGAUCAGCGAGGUCAUCACUCCCCGCCGAUACUUCCGCUCCGGGGUGGAGAUGGUGCAGAUGGCAGCCGUCUACUCACAGGAAGGGAACCUUGAAAAUGCCUUUGUCCUUUACAACAAGUUCAUCACUUUGUUUGUGGAGAAGUUACCAAAUCAUCGGGAUUACCAAACAUGUGCAAUACCAGAGAAACAGGAUAUUCUGAAAAAACUAAAGGAGGUGGCAUUUCCAAGGGCAGAAGAAUUGAAGGCGCAACUUAUUGCCAAAUAUGAAGCUGAAUACAAAGAAUAUUGGAGCGCUCGGGGGCGGUGUGGAGCGGAGCGGGUGGAGGAGGAGGAGGAGGCGGGGGAGGAGCAGAGCCGGCUGAUUGAGGAGGAGCGGCGGCGGGUGGCGCGGCUGCGGCAGCAGCAGCUGGAGGUGCAGCAGUUCCACAUCUUCGAAGAGCAGCUGAAGCGGCAGGACGUGGUGAAGGAGAGGCAGCGGGAGGAGCAGAGCGAUGGCAAGGCCGCUGCCCACGGCAAUGCCCAGCCUCCCCCCCCACUCCCCCCACGGUGCGCUGGCACCACCGCCGGCCAGGCCCCUCACGAUGCCCGGACAGAUCAGUGUCCCCCUGUGGACCGGUCCCUCAAACCAACCGGCGGCCCCAGUGAGCAAAGCGUCGAUGGGCUUCAGAACGUGGUCCUCCCGAAGAAUCUUUGCCAAAGGUUUUUGAUGCAGGCUGAUGCGAACACAGCGCGAGGGAUUGAAACCUGCGGGAUUCUCAGCGGAAAGCUGACGCACGAUGAGUUUACAAUCACACACGUGAUCAUCCCAAAACAGUCGGGGGGGCCCGAUUACUGUGACACCGAGAAUGAAGAGGAGCUGUUUACUGUUCAGAAUGAGCACGGCCUCAUCACUCUCGGCUGGAUCCACACCCAUCCGACACAGACUGCGUUCCUUUCAAGUGUGGAUCUUCACACUCAUUGCUCCUAUCAGUUAAUGUUGCCAGAGUCCAUCGCCAUUGUUUGUGCCCCCAAACACAAUGAGACGACAGCCUUCUGCCUUACGCCGGCCGGGAUGCUGGAGGUUUCCACCUGCCGCAAGAAAAGUUUCCACCCGCAUUCGAAAGAGCCCGCACUCUACCAAACUUGCAAACACAUCGUUGUAAAAGAUAUGACUAUAAUCAUCUUGGAUAUGAGGUGACAAUAUGGGACCACCACAUACAUGGAACUGGUAUACAUUAUCUCUACAGCAAAGAUGGAAACAUUUCCUUCAGAUUUCAAUGACCAGUUUUGGCAAACCAUUAUUUAACUAACACUCCUUUUGUACGAUUGGGUUGCAAAAAAAAAAGCAUACCAGUGACUGAUAUUUAUUUUUGAAACGCACCAAAUAUUUUACAGGUAUAACGUGGACUGACAACGCUAGUUAUCCUAAAGAGAAUGUUUGUAAAAUCGAACCCGCAGUUCCGUCAGAAGCUAAUAAAUAUUGUUUUCUUUAA